CAUAAAAUUAAUUAUUAUGUCCUAAUAUGCCUGUACACUAGCUAUACUUCAAAGAUGCAUUAUACUGUAGUAGUCCAGUUUGACUGAUUGAAUAUUAUAGCUGUUCUGUUUCAACACACUGUGGAAAAACUAAAGAUGAGAUACAAGCCAAGGUUUUUCUACUCUAAGGGAGCAUUUCUUGUUCUGCUGUGGCUAGUUCUUCAGACUGCAGCCUGGUGGUCUUUUAUUUGCUUGUAUUACCCAAUAUUAAAAUCGUUUGGAAACUAUAACGCAUUGGCCCUUUUUGGACUAUUCCUUGUUGGUGCUCCACUGGCUGGCUGGUUAGCUGAUGCUCGCUACAGCAACUACAAGGUUUUCAAAACCGGAGCAUUUGUUGUGUUUCUUGCAUCAGUGCUACUCUGCAUGUAUGUACUAUUGACCAGCAAUGGGCAGUUAUCCAAGACACUGCAAAUCAUGCUGAGCUAUUUGACGUUCAUUACCCUAAUCAUUGGUGUUGUUACCUUUAUAGUUACGGCUCUGCAGCUGGGACUGGAUCAGAUGCCGGAUGCCUCAGCCGAUAACAUUGCCAGUUUUAUUGUGUGGUUUGUUUUCUCAAUAUUUUUGGGGAUGUGGAUGACUGAUACAGUAUGGUGUAUGGAGAGAUUUUGCCUCAAUGGAGGUGCUCGUGGCAUUCAAGUUUUUAGCCUUUCUCCUGUAAUUUGCAUGAGUUUGCUAUGUUCCACUAUGUUUCUGCUUGGACCAAAAUGGCUGACUAUCGAACCUAAGUCACCUAAAGCACUCACAACUAUCUUUCAGGUUCUCAAGUUUGCAGCCAAGCACAAGGCUCCCAUCAAUCGAAGUGCUCUAACAUAUUGGGAGGAGAAAAUUCCUUCUAGACUAGACCUGGGUAAGUCACGGUAUGGUGGACCAUUCACUACAGAACAGGUAGAAGAUGUGAAGACAUUCUUCAAAAUAGUUAUCGUUCACUUGCCACUUUUCAUUAGUUCAAUAUCUUUUUGGCAUACUUACUUCAGAUUAAACGACACGUCAAUACAGCUACCAGGCUUCAAUAUAUGCCCUUCAGCCCUAAUAUAUGUUUUCACGUACCACCCCUCGCUGUGCUCACUGAUUUUGAUACUUGUUUCUGAGUUUGUGCUCUAUCCACUAGUGAAAAUCCAGCCUCCUAGUAUACUACAACAAAUCGGGAUCUUGUAUUUUGUGAUGAUGUUUGGAAGUGUGAUAAUUUUAGCAAUUCAAGUUGUAGGCUUUGUCUAUGACCUACACUUAUACUAUGGACUAGAGAGAGCGUGUUUGGGAUGUAUGGGCCUUACAUUUUCGAGAACAUUUCAAUUUGUCUGUGCUCAGUCCCCAUACAACAUGCGCGGACUACUAGCUGGCUACACAACUUUCAUUCACAUGCUGUCAAUAAUGGCUGGAGUUUUUGUUGACCAAGUUAUCAAGCUUACAUGUACGGAGGCAUACAAGGACGUGGUUCAUACUUCAGUAGCAGCUGCUUUGAGCUUAGUUGGAUUUGUCCUUCACUGCCUCCUGGCACGGUGGUACAAGAGGAGAGUUAGAGACGAGGACUAUAAUGCACACAGAGUGGUGGAGGAGAUCUAUGAUAGAUACAUAUCUUACUAUCACUAGUAUAAACUGUUUGUGAACGUUGACAAAUAA